GAAUACUGCUGGUCAAUUUCUCGUAGCAAGUUGAUCAGGCGUUGUUCCCGGACGGUCAGUAUUAUAAAAAGUGGAGGGCAGCUAUGGACAAAAUGACAUUCGGUCAGUUCCUGGUCACUGCUGUUCUUCUCAUCAACACUUUCUGUAAUGGAGCGGUGCCUGUGUUCGUUAAUCCUGACCCCUUGGGGGGCACUACACUUAGUAUAGCAGAGGAUACGUCAGUAGGGACUACAAUAUACACCCUCCUCGCCACGGACCCCGACGGCGACCCUCUCACCUACGGCAAGUUUACGGGUGUGGGCUUCGACGUGAUAUCACCGGACAGUGUGGUCACUACCCAAACCUUCAGCGUCGCUAUCCAGUCCACCCACUCCAUCACUGUCAGUGCAUUUGAUGGGACCUCGACAACCUACAUGUCUAUGUCGAUCACCCUGACAGCCGCGGUGGCUGCCAAUCCUAACAGUCCCGUGUUUCUUCCAACUUUAUACGCCACCAAUAUCCCUGAGAAUACAGCUUCCGGUACCAGCGUUCAGGCACUCACUUGUUCGGAUGUAGAAAGUACCACAUGCACUCUAGCGAUUCAGUCAGGGGAUGACGCAAGCAACAAAUUUACCAUAUCCGGUAACAAUGUGCAGACAACUUCAACAGCAAUCGACUACGAUUCGAUGUCAGGUCAGAGUUUCCUGUAUACGCUAGUUAUAACAGGUGUAGACACUCCAGGUUCGCCGUCCUCCGCCAAUACCGCCACAGCCACCGUUUACGUCACAGUGACAUCACAGAAUGACAAUACACCGUCCAUUUCCGGUCCGUCUACAUCAACGGUGUCAGAGGACAGCGCAGCAGGAACUACAGUGUGUACCAUGACAGCCUCAGACGCAGAUUAUGGCGAUGACGGUACACUGUCCUUCAGCAUCGUCGGCGGUAACACAGGUGGGCUAUUCGGAGUCUCCUCCUCCUCCGGAGUAGUUUACUUGGCGGGAACACUUGACUUCGAAAUUACCAUGUCGCACGAAUUAGUAAUAAAAGUAUCAGAUGGUGGAAACAGUGUGCUGACAGCGACAUCUACCGUCACCAUCACAGUUACAGACGUGAACGAUAAUUCGCCAACCUGCUCAUCGGCACCUUAUGUCUUCAGCGUCAAUGAACAGACGUCUGCAACCCCAGUGACGGUGACGACUCUGGCCUGUACGGACGGGGACGCGGGAACUUCACUCCAGUACGCCAUUGCAUCGGGGAACUCAGACACCUGCUUCGCCCUGGACGCUUUAACUGGCGUAUUGACGACAGCUUGUACUUUGGACUACGACACCGGAAGUCAGCACUACGCGCUGGUUACCACGGUGACUGACGGUACUUUCACCACAACAGUGACGCUUGCUGUAAACCUUGUCCCCGUCAACGACAUCACUCCCAGCUUCGGGUCAAGCACCACGGUUACCAUUGCUGAGAGUAGUUCUGCUGGUACAGCAAUACUGACAUAUACAGCUGCAGAUUCGGAUGCAUCACCGCAUAAUAUAGAGAAAUACGAAAUCACGUCGGUAACGAACAGUGGGUCCAGCUUUUUCAUGAUCGAUAUGACGUCAGCCGUCAUCUAUUUGUCCCAGGCUGUAGACUUUGAGACGUCACAGAAUUACGUCCUCAUAUUGGAGGCCACCGACGGGGGCAGCCUUACGGGAACCGGAACAGUUACUGUGAGUGUUACUGAUGUAAACGAUAACACGCCAUCUUGUACUCCUACAGCACACGUGACCAGUGUGUCGGAAGACGCAGCUUUGAACGCUGUGGUAAUUGCCGACCUGUCCUGUUCGGACGGAGACGCCGGUACAUCUCUCGUCUACUCGGUCACCUCACGGCCUGUGUCGACCCACUUUGCUGUGUCCGAGACAGGUGGAGUCGCCUCCCUUGUUGUUAAUAGUGCGUUAGACUACGAGACCACAAGUUACUACGUGUUGGCCGUCUCUGUCUCAGAUGGCGGUACUUCUUCUACCGUCAGCGUGGUCGUCAAUGUGGGAAACGUUAACGAGGCUGGUCCUGUUUUUAACCCUGUUACAUAUGCCGUAGCGUUUUCUGAGUCGACCUCCGUCAGCAGUGUCCUGGCCACUGUGACUGCAACUGACGCCGACACCGACACCAUCACCUAUUCAUUUGUGACGUCAUACACUGGGUUCGCCAUCGAUUCCGCAGCCGGUACGGUCUCCCUGGCGACAAGCUUAGACUACGAGACCGCGACUUCUCACACACUGCUCGUGCAAGCUGAUGACGGAAGCCUAUCAGCUACUGCCACAGUUGUCAUAACUGUGACUGACGUCGAUGAAUCAUCGUCAUCGUCAAGUCCAUCUUCAUCGUCUUCAUCAUCUUCAUCGUCUUCUUCAACGUCUUCAUCCUCGACGUCCACCUGUACGCCGUUCUACGAGACAGUGACUGGUAUAUCUGUGAUAGCUAGUGCUGGGGCGGCGGCCUUGAUAGGAGUUGCAACUCUGGCGGCGGGCAUCGUCAAACUUCGCAAGGUGUCAAGUCUGACGUCCGGAUCGGCUAAGCUGACUAAAGUUGGACAGGUAGCAGAUAAAAAGCCGAUACGGACCCAAGCAUGGACGAGUACGACAACAAAAGUGGACCCUUUUACAGGCAAACCAAUGAAGACCGCGUUACCACCAUACUUCUAGAAGACAACUUAUCUGGUGUGUUCAGUGAACAGGUGUACUAUGACCACGUGUGUCUGUGAUAACAAGAAAAAGUUAAAAACUGACACGGUACCAGAUUUCUGUUUCAACACAUGUCUCAUAUAUCGAUGUGCCAAAGUUUUGUACCUUAUAAUUGAUUAUUGUUUUGUAUAUCAUCAUCUUCUCAAUAAAAUUUCUUUAUUCUUGAGUCG